GGCUAAAUUGGAGCAUCAUUCUAACCCAAUGGUCCUGCGUGGCCUGUGUGAUUUGUUUUCUCUCGUACCGUCAUCGGUUGUUGAUUCAAAGCAAUAUGAGAAUUUCAAAGAAAACGUAUUGUUGUUUCUCUGGAGAUAUUCAGAGCAUGAGAAUGAAGACAUAUCAGAUGCAUCGUACAAAGCUUUGUCAAAAUUUGAAACUAAAGAUUUUUUAAUAAGACACCUUCCAAAGCAGACUCGUCAGACAGUUACCCAGCGUCUUCUCUUAACACCAAAGAUUAAGAAAAUGAUGGAAGAGUGUUUACAAAAUGAGAAAGAAAUGGACAUCGAAACUCUACCGAUUCCUGCAUAUUUUUAUGUAGAGCUCUUGCAGAGAAAAGUAAUCUUCCCUGGUUGUUAUCAAGGUUUGGAAGAGUUUUUGAAAAGCAUUGUAGCCCAGGAAAUCUCAAACCUUCCACGAGGCGUGGAACAUAGCAAGAUGAAAGCAGUUCAAGCUAGCGAAAACAAAUCAAUGUCCUCUAUUCCCGAACAACUGAAAAAACAAUACGACAAAUGCAAACAACCAUCUCUAAAGUCCUCAAUUGCAGUAUCUUUGUUGUAUUCUUAUGAAAUUCAUGCCGAGAAGAGAUCCGGUAAACCAAUAAGAAGUCAAGUUGUAAACAAUAUUAAAUUAUAUCGUCAACUGAUUAAUCAGUUGGUUCAAGAUGUUCCUGUCAAGUCUUCUGAUUGGCGGUCAAAUAUUGAAAUUUCUCAUGCUUGGAUUUUGUUUAUGAAUCGAGUUUUUGAUUCUUAUGUUCAGGGACGGAGAGCCGAGUUAGAACUACAGAAUGAACGCGGACAAAUUGACGAGAAGGCAUAUAACGAAGGCUUGAAGAAUGCGUCGUCCUGGACCAGAGAUGCAUUAACAGAUCUUCUCAAGGCUGCAUCAAAAGGUAGCCAAAUUAUGCAUUGCAAUUCCUUGUUAGCAUUGGCUGCUUUGGCAAAUGCUGUCUUCGUUCGCACAAGCGAUGAUGUCACGACUAAUCAGGAAUUGCUGGCAAACUACAAGCGUGAAGGUUGUAUUAGCGCCGAGGAGUGGAUUGCGUGUGUCGCUGACACAUUGAUAGUUACACUUGACAGAAAAUUAAAAACAGUUGGGGUUCCACUGUCUUGGGGAAAGCAGGUUUCAUCCACAACAUUGUUAGCUCAAGCUGCAGCUGCCAUUGCAUUGGCUCAAAUCACACCAUGCCUAAUUGAUGCUGAAUUUGAGCGUUUCAAACAAGUGCUUGAAGUAUUGCAGACGAGAAUGUCAGAACAGGCAAAGGCAGACAGUCAAACUGUUGUACAAACACAUUGUUGCAUAGCGUUGGGAAGUAUUGUACAAAAAUUAUAUGACACAAAUAUCAGUGAUUCUUUGGGACAGGAGGGAGAUAUACUAGUUGCAACAACCUUUGAUGCUUUAAGAAAAGAAGCCUUAUCCAGUGAAUCAAACAACACAGAGGGAGCGAUAUACGGUCUUGGUUUGGCAAUGUCUUCACUAAGUUACGAUACUGACGUUUUGGUAAAUGACCGCGCUAAAUCGUCGUACUCCAAGAUGGUGGAAUGCUUUAACAACGAACGUGUCAAACGUGAUCAGGAUUGUAAGAAAUUACAGGAACUUGGAAUUGCUUUAGCAUGUUGUACUGUGAGCCGUUUUGCUACAGAUUGCCUGGAGGUUGAAUCUGUACUGAAGACAUUUGAUAUGAUUAAGGAAGUCACAGAAACAUUUCCAGAGAGCGUUGAUUUAGCCUCAGCAUUUGGAAUGCUGCUUUGCAACUUAAAAGGCUGUGGUAUCAUCGAUAAUUCUCAAGUCGUUCGGGAGUGGACGGCACACUGGAAGGCGAUUGCCUCGGACAAGUCGCUUUCGUUGAACUCUCGCAUUGCAGCAAUUUUUGGACUUUCAUUCCUCUUUAAUCAGACACAGACAAGCAAUUCUGCGGGGAUUACGCCUGAAGACGGAGUUAAAAUUCUAAAACAGCUGCUCAAUAUCCAGGGUGACUACAAUUUAAGCGGAACUGUUUUCAAGAACCUCGGGAAAUUAUACUAUGCCAGCAAGAAUCGGUUAUGCAAUCAACCAAAUGUUCCGGAUACAUUGGACUACCUUGGAGAGGACUCUGUGUUAAACUGGUUAAUUCAGCUCAUGAUCAGUUUGGGGAAAGAAGUAACCAAAGAGUCGGAAGAAGUACUCAAUGUAAUACUUCAGGUGCUAACUUACGGUCCAAAAGAAACCUUGCCUCCUGUAGACUGGAACGGAAUCAUAACUCCUUUGAUAAAAAUGUAUACAGGAAAGAGUACAACCCUCCAUUUUUUGGAACUUGCAUUAUGUUCAACACCAUCGCCAGCCACAGCACGUUUUCUUCCAAGUUGGCUGACGCAAUCGGUUUACUUAUCUUUUUCUACUGAUUGUCAAGUUCGACUAUUUUCCUGUUUGCCUCAACUUUUGAAUAUUCUUUCUGCGAAGAAAUUAACAAAUAUUUUGGAUAUUGCGGCGAAAUAUUUUUCUAACGACGAGGUCGACACAAGAAUAGCUGAAGCAAUCCUGGAUGGUCUCUGUUCUGUAAUGCAUAUGCCCGAGCCUCCAAAAUCCCUUUGUAUUAAAGAGACCAUAGAGAAGAUAUACAAUUAUUUUCCGGUAGAUUUGAAGAUGCUUGUACCGAAACUAGUAGCUUGUGUUCAAUGUUUAGAAUCUCAUAAAAUCGAGAGUUUGACGGCACCAACAGAGGAGAGUUUUGCGAAGAGCAUUAUGUUUAGAAGAAGAAUAAUCCUGGAAAAUCCAUCAAUGUUGAAGAAAUUAUUUAAGCCUUGUAUUGAUUUUACUCUCUCUUCAAUGGAUGUAAAAUACGAUGCAAUGAUGUCUCUUGUUUCGACAAUAUCUUGUGUGGAAUUAAGGAGUGACAGCAGGCUUUCAACGGAAUGGAUCUUGCAAUUCUUGGCAGAACUUUCGUCUACAAAAAGUGAAACUAAGACAGUUUUACUUCUUCUAACUACGUUCACACUGGCAAUAUCUGGAUACGACAAUGGCAUUUUUCAGAUAAUUCUUGCACUUCAACAGGACAACCUGUUCCAGAAUCAUCAAGCAUGGUUUGCUUUGAUCAAAAAUCUGUUUCCGUAUAGUUUUGCAUUCCUGCUUGCACAGCCGCAAUGGAAAGGACGUCUUGAAGAGACAAUCCAAAAACUGCUGGCGACGUGCAAGGAUCUUGAUAUAAAAGAGUCCUCUCUUUUGCUAGAUUUCUUGCUCGAAAUGCGGAAUUUUGAUGUUUAUGAGAAACACUCAGUUUGGAGUCAAGUGGUUUGUUGCAUGUAACAACAUCAUUACACACACCAAGGAACGUUGGAACGAAUGCAGCUAUCGUAAUAUUUUUACAGUCAUAUUCACGUCAUAAUAAAGAAAUUAAGAUUUGGGACGCGAAAAAAACGACAUGAAAAUGGUGAAUAAAUUACGUGGCAUGUCCAUAAUAUAUAGGCGCAACACGUCAGCUAUUCGCCAUUUUCACGUUGUCUUUGUAGUGCAUGUCGUAAAUCUAAAUCCGUCUAAUAUAGAGACUACGACGCGUACGUGAAGUAAUACUUCCGUUAUUCCCACAGUUUGACAACAUGCGUACUUGGUCAAAGCCGUACGAUAAACAUUCAAAAAUGGGCUCCUGACACUAGCUGCUGUUUUCAUGUUCGUCCACGUCGUAGAUUUGAGCAUCUUAAACUCCUUAAAGGUGGAACGAGAAGAUAAGAGAACUUGACUAAGGUUGUCGUCAUUGUCUAGUUAGAAACUCUGGCAAAAUAUUACACCAUUCGUUGCUUAAAGUCUAUCAAUUCUUGUGUUGAAAAAUCGAUUGAAUUUGAACUUCAUACCAUUGAACAAGAUAUGUUAUUUUUUGUGACGCUUUCAUUUCAGGAAAUAGGCAUGAUCAUGGUAAAAAUAUACAUGCUACAUUACGU